AUGCCAGCACCCGGGAAAGUCAUACCGGGCACUGGGACGCUCCGGCCCAUCAGACCCGUGAUCCGAAGACGAUUCCGCAAGACCGUCAGCUGCCAUCCGUGCCGCCGCUCGAAGCUGGGCUGCGAUCGCCAGACGCCGUGCGGUGCUUGCUUGCGCCGCAGUUGCGAGGCCGACUGCCAGUAUCCCGGCCCGGACGGACGCGUCCCGCCAUCACCGUCCUCGCGUUCAUCGGAGGCUUCGCUCGGGGACCAGGCAAACAGUUCGAAUGCCGCGUCGAUGGCGUUGGCCGAGGUUGAGCGGGGCAGCCGGGAGUAUCACUGGGAUACCAUCCUCCGGCGUCCCAUUAAUCACAUCAGCCAUCCGCUGUUUGAUGCACAAGAUCCUCUCUGCCAACCAGGCAAUUUCUUUCCCUUCCACUUCGGCUCCAAUCUCUCCAGGACUGAGCUGCUGGCGGCUUUGCCGACUCCCGAAUCGUGCGAGUACCUUGUAACACAAUAUUUCGUCCGCAUCUCUCAUUUCUUCCAUGUUUUACACGGCCCGACAUUUCAGCGCCAGUUUUUAGACUUCUCCAAGGAUCGCUUUAGCUGUGACCUCUCAUGGCUCGCGCUCCUUUUCCUAAUUUGUUCUGCUUCCGUCAACACCAUGGAGGAGGGCGAUUCCAUCUUGACCAACAUUUCAGAAACCCUACCCGGCGCUCGGGAUGCCGCCGCCAUCUCAUACCGCUAUCGCGUCAUGGCCAUGAUUUGUCUCUGCCAGGAUAACUUUCUCAUACGCCAUCGUCUGAGUACGCUUGAGGCGUUGCUUAUUCUGAUAUGGACCAUCGGUCACAAUGAAGGUGCCGAGCGUAGUUGGGUAUUGCUAGGUAUGGCUCUCAACACUGGGAUUGUGCUGAAAUGCAAUGCGUCAGAACCAUCCACGGAACUGAACUGUAUCGAUAUCGAACGUCGACGUCGUUGCUGGGCCGGUAUACUCAUGCUCCAUACGUACCAAGCCAUCUUAAAUAAAGACGUCGACAUGUCUUUUCUUCUAAACAUCCAGGCACCUAUGCCUGCAGACGUCAACGACGACGAUAUUUUAGAGGAUAAAAUCCUCCCGCCAUCAACCCAACCAACGCAGGUGUCUGACAUGAAGUUCAAAAUACGGCUGUUUCAAUUGUCCGGUCGUAUCUGCAACGUCUUGUCCGAUGAAUCGGGAUUUAAUGAAGAAUGCCUAGAGCGUCUAGAUACCGAGAUCGCCCAGGAACAGAAGCAAUGGGAUUCGACCCUCCUUAUUGACGGAUCACCAAGCCUUCUAGACACCUCGAGUUAUCCUCACUGGUGCGUCCUGCAACUCUACGCGCACCAGCUUUACCUUCUCCUACAUCGGCCUUUCGCGCUUCAGGCGAAUGCAGCACGCUACCGGUCUUCAUCCAGAACGAAAUGCAUUACUUCAAGCGCGGCGCUGUUGGAUAUUCAUCGACAAUUAAUUGAACUUCCUCGAAUGCGCAACUAUCGAUGGUUUGCCCAUGGGGUGUCUGGCUUUUUCGCUGUCCAUGCAGUAAUUACGCUGGCUUCGUGUUUAUUGGAGCAGGACGACAAGGAAGCCGAUUCAUCAACCUACCGAUCCGCUUUUGAUGCAGCUAUCGUACGACUCAGCGUUGUACAAAAUCGGAGUCCACUUUACAUGAAGGCGUAUCCAGUUCUUCGGCAUUUGCAGUACGCUCCUCCACCCUCUUCAACGACAACUAAGUAA